AUGACAACAGCCCAAGACGUCCCGCAUUGGCGGCUGCAGGAACAGCUCCCAGAGUCACCUGCACCGUUGUCACCACACCAAGAGCCUCAACCACCACCAAGACCAACGGCGCCGGUAGCUCCAGAUACACCACCACGGCCAGACGCGCCCAGAAUCCCAUCGCCAUCACCAACAGCCGCCGCAGCACCUGCGCACAUCCCUCAAGACUCAAAUAACGGGACAAUCCCCGAUCCUGCUCCUACCGGUGGCGUAGAGACGCCGGCGCCAGGUGGAAGCUUCCAUACCUCUACGGCCUCUAGCGAGCAGCCAACGACCGUCACAACCCGAGUGCCGGGGUCCUCCACUCCGACCGCUGACAGGCCCCCGCCUGCACUGAAUGGGCAGCCCCAGCAGUCCCAGAGACCGCCCCAGGUACCCGCUCCGUCGCCGAUUCCAGACGCGACAAAAUCUGCCGCGACCUCGACCUCAACCUCGACUCCUGCGAACGCGACUCUCUCUGCGACCGACCCUGCGACCACGACGAUCACGACUACAGCCUCUGCUCGAUCCAACUUCAGGGAUCCCAUUCGAUGGAGAGACCCCAUAACGGUGCAUUACGACAGUGACAGUGGCCACGCUCACCCGGCAAGACUCCACGCUCAGCCCGCGCAUCCAUCAUCAUCAUCAUCAUCAUCAUCAUCGCAGUUGCCGCCGCCGGCGCAAUUGAAGUACGAACCGAGCCGCCAACACCAAGAGCCUCCCGCAUCGCAACUGCCAACCCAAUCGCAACCUCCCGCUCAAGCGCAACCACAACCUUCGGCCCACGCUCCUCCAGUACAAGCUAGCUCGCACCACCGACCAUUAUCUCAAUUCCAUUCUCAACCUCACCAUACGCAACCCCCGCUCCAGCCCGCCCCGGCGCCGGUGCCCGCGAUCCAACCCCCGCCGCCGCCUGCACCUUCUCAACGACAGUCAUACCAGCAUCACCUUCAAGCCUCUCAAUACCAACAUCAAGCCCCGCCGCGCGCGCAUCCUCAGCAACAUUACCAGCAUUCGUAUCUUCUCGGGGGCCCUCAGCACCACCCUCCUCCUCCUCCUCCCUCCUCCCAGCAGCAAUACCACCCACACGAGCCCCGAUAUUCAUCGCGUAACGACGGCUUGAUCUCAAGACCUAUCAUUAUGGACCCGCCUAGAUCGCGGCCCGUGAGCCAGCCGCCACCACCGGCUGAGCCGAUUCCCAGUUCCGGGUUCCCUUCGCCAGCAACAACUCACGCCCACCUCAACAAGAAAUUCGCAGACGACUGCACGCGGUUGACCUAUGCGAUCCAACAAAGCACACCCGAGGCGGUUCGGCGCGUAUUUCGGGAUAACUGGGAGAAGUGUAUGUUGGGCACCGAGUUUCACCAGGCGUUUAUUCUCAACGCAUCAAUACAUCACGCCGUACCAUCCAUCACACGCCGCGCAGUUAGAGACUUCGGGCAAAAGAUGGUUCUUGAGUCCAAGCACGAGUUGAUCAGCCACUUCUCGACAGCUGAUCUUGACGAUGUCGCUGAUGUCAUCAUCAACAAGGCAAGCGAAGCCUUUCUGGACAAGUGCUUGAAUGCACGACUCCGAACGAUCGAGGCGAAACCUUUGCUCACGGCCCUUGCCAAGGCCGAGCGUCUUGGUUACAAUCCCGCAGACAUUGUGGAAGAGCAGCAUGAGAGGGUCAUGCCUACCUCGCAGGCUGCGCGGCCUCCUCCUCCACCCCAGUCAACCUACCCCCCUGGCCGUUUGCAAUGUAUGGGGUGCUUCAGGGUUUUCACCCAUCAAGCUCCAUAUGAAUAUCAUACGUCGCGCCAACUCUGCACUGUACCUCCCCCGGCGAGCGUAAAGGGCUUCGAGUUUUCAUGCCAGUAUUGCGGUGAAGGGUUCACCAGAAGUGAUGAGCACCAAUCGCACGAACGCGCUCAAACUUGCUUCCAUGCUGGGCCAGCCUCAGCUCGAGGACCCGGUCGUCCUCCUCGCGCCGCUCCGCUACCCCAGCCGGUCCCUUCGUCCAUUCUCCCCUCUUCUCAAGCACAGGCAACACCAGCGGUAACUAGGACGAUUGACCUGACCUCGGCUGGCUCGACACCCUCUGCUGAGACUCCCGCUGGCUCUAAAACCCCUAACCCAGCCGACCCUUAUGGCCACUUGACCCAGGAACAACUAGCGGCGAUGGACGCGGACCUCAAGGAAGCGGAAAAGAAAUUUGCGCCGAGAUUUGCCGAGGCAUACGCGAUACCCGACGAGAACGAGCGGCGCAUCAAGAUCGAUGGACUCCGAAACAGCUUCGGUACCAAGCAAUCGAUGAUUAGGAAGAAGUACGGAGUCCGCCUUCGCCAACGCCGGACCAAGGCAGAGAUUCAAGCAGAGGAGGAGAGAAUGGGUCUCGAGAACCUCAAGAAGAAGCAAAAAGCGGCGGCCCAGCAAGCACCUGCUUCUGCUUCUGCUUCUACUUCCGCGGGGUCGGCUCCCCCUCGUCCCGCCGGUAGCGGUUGGGUUGCGGCUAACGCGCCGCGUGCCAAUGCCGUUUGGGAGGAACAUGAGGCCAAGAGAAGGCGGAUGGACGCAAGCGGAACUUACCAGACGCCUACUAAAUCGACGCUAUCUGUAUCCGAGAUCGGCGGUGGUCUAGCUGGUGUCGCGGCCACGGCUGAGACUCACGACCCUACCCGCCCGCCACCGGCCUCGGGUUAUCAGACUGCCAAUAGCAGCGGCCAGUCAGAGGAAGAGGAUGAAGAUGAAAGUGGCUCAGGGAGCGCCAACGACGAAAUGGAUGUCGAUGAACAACCGGGAAGUGGACCGACCUCGCGACCAGUGCAAAACAAUAAUACCAAUAACCAUAACGACGACGAUGACGAAGAUUCCGACUCUUCAGAUGACGAGGAUAUCCCGUCGACACUACCAGCGCAUGUCAGGCAGACGUUGGCAACGAGAAACGCAUAG